UUGUCCUUAAGCGCACGCCUGUGCUCCCAUUUCACAGAUUUCACCUUUCUUCCUGUGUUUUCUACUUCCAUCAAUUCUGGCAAUAAAAAUAUGCACAAGGACAUAUUUUCAGCUGUGUGAGUUAUUGAUGAUAAAUCAAUCAAAACCUUGGCCUGAAAUCCAUAUGCAUCUUUUUUCUGCUGCACAAUGCAUAACCACUUAUCAAAUAAAAGAUAAACGUCCCGUAUACUUUUGUAUGUUAAUCUUCACCGAUGACCCGCCCCUCCUCGACAGUCUGUUGAGUGAUGACGUCAUGCUCAGAUACUAGCGCCCAGCGGUAUAAAAACUCUUCCUGCACGUGCGCUCCUCAGUCUCGAGCGUUGUCUGAAGUGCGUUACACUGCUUUGAGACGACUGCUUUUCUUACAGGAAGUCCUCCUUUGAAGAUUCAGUGAGCACAACAGAAGUCACACCAAGGCAAAAUGCGAGAGUGCAUUUCCAUCCACGUGGGUCAGGCUGGAUGCCAGAUUGGCAAUGCAUGUUGGGAACUCUACUGCCUUGAGCACGGCAUUGAGCCUGACGGUCACAUUCCAUCCGACAAGAAAUCAAACAGUGACGAUUCCUUCAAUACAUUCUUCUGUGAGACAAGUUCCGGAAAGCACGUCCCCAGAGCAGUUUACGUUGAUUUGGAGCCAACUGUUAUUGACGAGAUCCGCACCGGGAAGUACAGGCAGCUGUUUCACCCGGAACAGUUGAUCAACGGCAAAGAGGAUGCCGCCAAUAACUACGCUAGGGGUCACUACACGGUCGGCAAGGAGAUUAUUGACCUGGUCAUGGACAGGGUCAGAAAGAUGGCCGACCAGUGCACAGGUCUACAGGGGUUCCUCAUUUUCCACAGCUUUGGUGGUGGCACUGGUAGCGGGUUCACAUCUCUGCUCAUGGAACGCUGCUCAGUAGAUUACGGCAAGAAAUCUAAGUUGGAAUUCGCCAUCUACCCAGCACCACAGAUUUCCACUGCGGUAGUUGAGCCGUACAAUUCCGUGCUCACCACCCAUACCACACUGGAGCACUCCGACUGCGCCUUCAUGGUGGACAACGAGGCCAUUUACGACAUCUGCCGUCGCAACCUCGACAUUGAACGCCCCACGUACCAGAAUCUGAACCGUCUCAUAGGUCAGAUAGUAUCGUCCAUCACUGCGUCCUUGAGGUUCGAUGGCGCCCUUAAUGUUGAUCUCACCGAAUUCCAGACAAACUUGGUGCCGUACCCCAGGAUUCAUUUCCCGCUGGUCACAUAUGCGCCAAUCAUAUCUGCCGAGAAAGCAUACCACGAGCAGAUGACCGUGGCAGAAAUCACCAACGCCUGCUUCGAGCCCUCCAACCAAAUGGUCAAAUGCGACCCUCGCCACGGGAAGUAUAUGGCCUGCUGCAUGCUGUAUCGUGGAGACGUUGUUCCAAAAGACGUCAACGCCGCCAUCGCCACCAUCAAGACCAAGAGAACAAUUCAGUUUGUUGAUUGGUGCCCAACCGGUUUCAAAGUGGGUAUCAACUACCAACCGCCUACAGUCGUGCCAGGUAGUGGUGACUUGGCCAAGGUGCAGCGGGCUGUUUGUAUGAUCAGUAACACCACAGCGAUUGCCGAGGCCUGGGCAAGGCUGGACCACAAGUUUGAUCUCAUGUAUGCAAAGAGGGCUUUCGUCCACUGGUAUGUGGGUGAAGGUAUGGAGGAAGGGGAGUUCUCAGAGGCCCGAGAGGAUCUUGCCGCUCUGGAAAAGGACUACGAAGAGGUCGGCGUAGAAUCUUUAGACGGAGGCGUCUAUGAAGAUGAGACAGAGGAAUACUAGAAAUUUGAUCUCGGGGACCCUCGCCCCCACCUUCUUCCCACCUGCAAGUGGCUCUUGAUUGAGAUAUGUAACUCCUAAGUUGCGCUUCUCUCCCUGAGAACAUUGCGUAUACAAACAAUGUAUUUCCGUGUAAUUCACCUGUAAACAACAUAUCUAAUUAUUUAUUUCGUUUACUGUGCUAUGGCUUACGCAAUCACCCUGGAUUUCUUAGUAUUUUGCAAAACCGUGUUUGUUAAUACUGUAGUGAUUUUUAACAAGCGGAGCAAUCAAGGCAUAGCGGGUGUAAGUAAGAAGCACUCUAUGGUAACGGGUUAGAUCGCGUUAUCGAUACUUUUCAAUUCAUACCCGUCUGCAUUCAUUCAAAAUUCUGUAUUUUUAAAAAAGCUACUGUAUAUCAUUUUAACCAUCUCUCCACACUCAUUCUUGACUUUCGAGGCAUUUUACAAUCUGGGAAUUAAAGUGUUUUGAACUUGACAUAUCUAUGACAUAUACAGUAAUUGGUAUCCGCCACAAAACUGGUAUUUUGGAAACACAAAAUGCACCCCUUAUGCCUUAGAGUGCCAAGAGCUUGGAAUUCGGGGUAUAUCAACUUAGAAAAAGCGAUCAAUAUUAUUGAUGCCAUUUGUGCCAAAAAUGUAUAUAGACUUGUAGCGAACCGAUAGAUGUCAUUUUCCUGAAUCAUGGACGCUAUUUUAUAGGGAAAUGGACCCAAAACAAAAACGAAUACUUUCGCUGCUGGGCUUUGUGCAAUGGUAUAUUUCUCUGUUACAGUGUUCUACGUUUGUUAUCUGAGUUCGUCUCAGGUUCUGAAGUGGGAAUUGAUGCAUUAGAAAUCACUCAGGCUUGAGCCAUCGGUAUCAAUCUGAUCAUAAAGAAAUAAAGAAUAUUUGU